AUGUCUCUCUCUCUCUCUCUCUCUCUCUCUCUCUCUCUCUUUCUGUGUAAGGGUUCUUUUCAUAUAUAUCAAUCUAUCACAUUCAUUGUAUGUCUGUCUAUCUAUCUAUCUAUCUAUCUAUCUAUCUAUCUAUCUAUCUAUCUAUCUAUCUAUCUAUCUUUAGAUAAUCUGUACGAUCUAUCUAUCUAUCUCGGUCUGCAUAUAUCUAUCAAUAUGUUUCUUUUUUGGUAUUAUUUAUUUAUUAUCACUUCCUCUAUCUUCUUUUUUCUUUCUUUAUUCUUUCCUUUCUUCUUUCAUAUUUUCCUUUCUUUCUUCUCUUCUUUCUCUUUACCUUUCUUUCUUGCUUUCUUUCUUUCUUCUAUUCUUUGUUUCUUCUUUUAUUUUCUUUGUUUCUUUCUUUAUUUCUUCCUUUCUUCCAUUCUUUGUUUCUUUGUUUCUUUCUCUCUGUCUUCCUUCCUUUCUUUCUUUCUUUCUUUCUUUUUUCUUUCUUUCUUACUUCCUUUCUUUCUUCCUUCCUUCCUUCCUUCAUUCCAUCCUUUCUUCCUUUCUUUCUUCCUUCUCUUCUUCCUUUCUUUCUUCUUUUCUUUUUACAAACAUAUACGCAGCUUCAAAACACCACAGAAAAGCCCAGCUUUUACAGAAUAUAACGUACAUGCUAAAUAA